CCUACCGUCUUUCACUCCCUUUUUCUCCUCAUUGCUGGUUGUUCACGCUGACCAGCUCAAAGCCAAAGAGCUCCUCUGCCCCUCUCAUACUGACCGAGCUUUAAGCCAGAACUUUCCCCUGAAGCACUGAGAUAUUACCCGAGAGGAAGCUAUUGCUCAAAUCUAAAGGCGACCGGUAAUCUUUGGACCAAAGGAGAAGUGCAGCGGGGCAGGAAGGGCAGCGGAAACAAGUGAAUCCCUGCAUCUUUGCGAGGUUCUCGUCACAGUCGGGCGGAGGUGAAGUUUCUGCACAUUUACAGCAGGAUCUGUUGCAGCCAUGACUCAAAGCAACGGGGAGAACCCGCAGAGGAGCGGUCUCCACCAGAUACGGGCCGGGAUCCAGUCUCGAUCGCUUCUGGCCAAGAGGAGAGUGGAGAACAUCACGAAGGAUGAUGUGAAGGGAUUCUUUAUUAGAAAUGCCUUUGUGAUCCUCACCGUUAUUGCUGUCAUUUUCGGUGUGAUUCUGGGAUUUUCCCUGCGGCCGUAUAAAAUGUCCUACCGUGAAAUUAAGUUCUUCUCCUUCCCUGGAGAACUGCUGAUGAGAAUGCUUCAGAUGCUGGUGCUGCCCCUGCUGGUUUCCAGCCUCAUUACAGGUAUGGCCGCUUUGGACAGCCGUGCUUCGGGGAAAAUGGGAAUGAGGGCAGUGGUGUACUACACCACCACAACCAUCAUCGCUGUGUUCAUCGGUAUUGUCAUGGUGCUUAUUAUUCACCCCGGGAAAGGAUCAAAGGAGGAGUUCACCAAGCAGCAGAAGAUCGAGCAGAUCAGUGCUGCUGACGCCUUUCUGGAUCUUAUCAGAAACAUGUUUCCUCCCAACAUUGUGGAAGCUUGCACUAAACAGGUAUAUUUUAUAUAUAUUUAUAUAUAUUUAUUAUCCCUUAGGCUAAAUCUCAAAUAUUCUAAUGAAAUGAAACUUUUUCCAAAAUGUCGUCCGUUUUGCUUCUUCACCACCCAGUUCAAGACUCAGUAUGUCAAGAGAGUAAUUCACGUGACAAUGACGGUGAACGACACAAUAUUUGCACCCAACGGCAGCCAGGAGAUAACCCGGGAGGAGAUGAUCCCAGAGCUAGGGACCGUGAACGGAAUCAAUGCUCUCGGCCUGGUGGUGUUCGCUAUUUGCUUCGGUCUGAUCAUCGGGGGCAUGAGGGAAGAGGGACAGCCUCUGAAGGACUUCUUUGACUGCCUCAACGAAGCCAUCAUGAGGCUGGUUGCCAUAAUAAUGUGGUAUGCUCCUGUCGGCAUCUUGUUCCUGAUUGCUGGUAAGAUCGUGGAGAUGGAUGACAUUUCGUCCAUGGGAGGCCAGCUGGGAAUGUAUACCGUGACCGUCAUCUGUGGCCUGCUCAUCCACGCCAUCAUCGUCCUUCCGACGCUCUAUUUCGUCAUCACCAGGAAGAACCCCUUUGUCUUCAUUGGGGGACUGUUGCAGGCACUCAUCACUGCCCUGGGAACAUCCUCCAGUUCUGCCACAUUACCUAUCACUUUUAAAUGCCUGGAGGAAAACAACAAGGUGGACAAGCGCGUGACCCGUUUCGUGCUUCCCGUCGGUGCCACCAUCAACAUGGAUGGCACCGCUCUGUACGAAGCCCUGGCCGCCAUCUUUAUCGCUCAGGUCAAUGAUUAUGAUCUUAACUUUGGACAGAUUCUCACCAUCAGUAUCACAGCCACAGCAGCCAGUAUUGGAGCAGCUGGAAUCCCUCAGGCAGGACUGGUCACCAUGGUGAUAGUGCUAACGUCUGUGGGCCUGCCCACGGAUGACAUCUCACUCAUCAUUGCUGUUGAUUGGUUCCUGGACCGAUUGCGCACCACCACCAACGUCCUGGGAGACUCCAUCGGUGCAGGUAUAGUGGAGCACCUGUCUCGCCAUGAGUUGCAAAACAAGGAACUUGAGGUGGUCAACUCGGUGGUGGAGGAGGUGGACAAGAAGCCGUACCAGCUCGUCUGCCAGGAGAAUGAGUAUGAGAACGAGAGGCCGGCGGACAGCGAGACCAAGAUGUAGGGGCGAGAUUUUUUAUUUUUUUCCCCCACACAUUCUUUGCAAAGGUCUGUGAACUGCAUUGGACCACGUCACAGUCCCUUUGAAUUCUCAAAAACUCAUCUCACAAGAUUCAAAUUAAAUUCAUCAUCAGCUAGAAAAUAUUUCAGCCAAGUGGAUUCCACUAAUACGUGAGGUUUCCCUCACAAACAGCACACCUGAAGUGGUUCGUGAUUGCGUUUGUGCUGUAGCACAAUAUGUAAAUGCCAUAGGUUGGCAGCUGUUUACUAUUAAGGAUGAAUGACAGACCCUUGGUGGUCAAAGGCUUGCAUGCUUAUCUGACUUCUCCUUUAUUCGGAGCUGUACAGAACUGUGAUUCCUAAUCUCACCCACUAGAGGCCAGUGUUGCUGUGUGUCUGAACACCGCAGCAGACCACAGCUCAUACUUGCUCAGACUUGUUCUGGAUUUAAAGUUGUUGCUUUUGUUUUAUGUCACUGGUGUUGUAUAUGAAAACAAUCUGGAGACAGAUGAAAAGUGUUAGAUAUCAUGCACACAGACUGAAUGACCAGUUUUCCGUGGGGAAUAAGGGCUAUUACAUACUUCUGUACUGACAUUUGUGGCUUUAUUUUCCAUUCUAUGAGUUAUAGCAUCUACUUUAGGGCAUGACUCUUACUUGUGUCCCUUGACUGUCCAAAGCAAAUGCUACUGUUAGGCAACACAAAGAUGUCAAAUAUCUUGGAAACUUUCCAGUGUUAAAAAUAAUCACACUUAAACCAAAAUGAAAAAACAAAACACCAAAAACAUUAAGCACAUUUCUGUGCACUUGUGGAUCAAAUCAUACCCCCAAAAGGUGGUAAUAUGCAAAAUACAAUGCUGUUUCAGUAAGAAGACAGUAAUGAAGUCCAAUGGCCAUUAUGGGCCAGUCUUUAGGCUCACAAACUUGAGCACGGAAG